AUACACUAAAACCCGGAGCACUCUAUAAAGCGUCCCAUUUUCUUUUUCUUUAUUUUCUCACCCGCGAAUUUUCAGUUAAUUUUCUCAUUGUGGAUUUUCGAGGGAAACAAACAACACCGAAAUCCUUCCAUUUUCAAAGCAUUUUCAACAAUUAAGCUUCUUUCAUUUUUUAACGCUUUACUCUCUCUCUCUCUCUCUCUCUCUCUCUCUUUCUCCCUCUGUCUAACUGUUAAUUAGAUCUUUGCCGUUAAAGAUUAGAUCUUUUGAAUUUGGUGUAAAUGAGUCGCUACGAUUCUAAUCCUUUCGAAGAAGAAGAGGUCAAUCCUUUCGCGGAUCAAGCAGGGAAGGGGAAAGGAUCAGGGCAAUCAAAUUAUGGUGGAGGCGCCUUUUAUAUGCCUAAUCCCACAAGUGUUCCUCCUGCAACCUCAAGGCUUUCACCUCUUCCUCCUGAACCCUAUGAUCGUGGCGCAACAAUUGAUAUUCCUCUUGACAAUGGAAAGGAUUUGAAAUCAAAGGAGAAGGAACUCCAAGCUAAAGAGGCUGAAUUGAAGAAGAGGGAACAGGACUUAAAACGUAGGGAAGAUGCAAUAGCACGAGCUGGAAUUGUAAUAGAAGAGAAGAAUUGGCCGCCAUUUUUUCCUAUUAUUCAUCAUGACAUUGGAACUGAAAUACCAAUUCAUCUACAAAAGAUGCAAUAUGUUGCAUUCACAACUUUGUUGGGUUUAUUCGCGUGUCUUCUGUGGAAUAUUGUGGCGGUUACCACUGCCUGGAUCAAAGGCGAAGGCCCGACAAUUUGGUUUCUUGCUAUUAUCUACUUCAUAUCAGGGGUUCCUGGAGCAUACGUUUUGUGGUACCGUCCUCUAUAUCGUGCAAUGAGGACUGAUAGUGCUCUGAAAUUUGGAUGGUUUUUCUUGUCGUACCUGAUUCACAUUGGCUUUUGCAUCUUUGCUGCUGUUGCUCCUCCAAUUAUUUUCAAGGGGAAAUCUCUUGCAGGUAUUUUGCCUGCUAUAGAUCUUCUCGGGGAUCAUGCUUUAGUUGGGAUAUUCUACUUUAUUGGAUUCGGAUGCUUCUGUGUCGAAUCAUUGCUCAGUAUCUGGGUUAUUCAGCAAGUUUACAUGUAUUUCCGAGGCAGUGGGAAAGCAGCAGAGGUGAAGCGGGAAGCUGCAACAAGGACUAUGAUGGCUGCACUAUGACCACAUUUGUAGAACACACGAGCUAUUUGUGGAUGGAACCAAAACAUUUUACUUCGCCUCAUUUUUUCCUUGUAUACCUUCUUGGCUUGCUUUGCUUUAGGAUUAAGACUUCUUUACGUAUUGUUAACGUAUAUUCUCAUGUGAAAAAUUAGAAAAGUCGAAUAGCGUUGGAUCUAGAGUUUUGUAGCGAGUGACAUCCCUUCACAUGUAUUCUGAAUAUAUGAUUUCCCAUUGUGUGUUUAUUCUUUUACAUCUUUAAA